AUGUUCUAUUAUCAUCGAUUAACUUUUUAUAUUGAAGUACUUGAUCAAAAGACAAAUAGUUUUAAUAAAUAUGCAAUAUGUUUAGCUUGUCUUGAAAUAAAAGGUUGUUCUUAUGCUCUUGAAAAGCAAUUUACUAAUACUAAAAAAUGUUGUAAAGAUCAUUUUAAAAAAUACAAAUUUUUUUAUCAAAAAUAUAGAAUAAACGAAGCACAAGCUAUUAUAGAUGAUACAGACAGUGAAGUAAUUAAGCAAAUGUGUCAAGAAAAAAGAUUCCAUAUACAUAAAGAUGAUAAUAAUAGAUCAUCAAAUUAUGCAUCAAGUUCAGUAUCUAUUGUAUCUAAAUUCUCAACAAAUAAUGGACCAUUAGAUAAUUUGCUUAUUGUCAAUUUACUGAAACAAAUGAUUGACAUUAGUAGUGAAAGAGCACAUACAGAAGAAAUAAAAAAUAAAAUUAAUGAAAUUACAAAAAGUGUAACAAAUAAAGAAAUAAAAGUAGCAGCAAUUGUAACUGAUAUUCAUUCAUCAUAUGCUGCAGCAAGAAAACAGCUUCAAGUUGAAAACCCACAAAUUACAUAUUUAUCAUGUUUUGCAUAUCAAACCAAUUUAUGUAUUGGUGAAAUUUUUAAAAAAUUGAAUUUAUUUAAAAAUACUGCAUUAAAAGCUACACUUAUUGCAGUAUACUUUAAAAGUAAACAAUAUGCUUAUUUUACUGGAAAACUUCAUAAUAUUUAA